CCUCACUCCCCGCUUCUCCAUCACCACCACCAUCAAUCGUCAGUUCAAUUAUUGACCUUGCGACAAAUACUAAAUUUAGUGGGAAGUCGCGAAGUUUGUCGGGUUAUUAAUACCUGCGAGUCUAAACCCACGUUUCUUGGGCGGACUUCGCAUUCUCUUUCUCUUUUUCCGAUUGCCUUCGAAUCAGGUACCGUCAGGAACGCAGAGAAAUCCAUCCCGUUUCUAUAUCAACCCGGUUCCCCUUCCCAAUUCUUUCCGUUCCCACGGGGCAAUGCUGUUCCUCCCUUGAAUUAGCAUUCCAUCUCAUUUAACUUAACAGUUGAUCACUCGGCCAGAUUGCUGCUUCGGUGGAGAGGCAGGGAUGCGGCCAAUUGAAGCCGAGACUGCUCUAUUUUCUUUCGGUUUUGCAUUCUUCAGUACGAAGCGGUACUAGUGAUGUCAAGCCACUCAGCCUCUCUCCGACGUACCCAGACGGAUUUUCCAACACAAACAUCGAGUCCACUUCGCCAUGGCUCAACCGCAUCCACAAAUUCGUCUAUAUACUCAAUAUCAACCGAUUCGCUAGCUCCCAGUCGCACAAGUACAGUGUCCUCCACGGGAUCCAUGGGCUCCACACCCAGCUUUGGACAUAAACGUGGAAAGAGUGAAGCAAACACCAUGAGUACCGACAGAUUUAAGGCUGAUUCGAGCCGUUGGUCAAACGCCGGGACAACAUACGAAAGUGUCCGCCGCUCGCUACGGCCGCUCUCUCAAGCACCAAACGGUUCUACCCCCGCUGUUAAGCAAGUCGCCUACGGCCAUUCGAGAAACCGGACGAUAGACAAUCCUCAGUUUUGGAAAGAGAACCGCCCUCAAACACCUGAGCGCCGCAAUGGUUAUCAUGGAGAAAAGGAAUCGCUGAAGGAGAUUGAGUCGCAUGAUGUGUAUGCACCUCCAUCUCCCAGGUCGCCGCACGAUUUCAGUCCUCUUGCUGUUUCGCCCCAAACACGGUCCCCAAUCAAGACACAGCAUUCACAUAGCUUGUCCACACCACAACCACCUCCAUUAACCACCACACUGUCUACGCCGGAACUAGAAACCUUUCAAAAGUCGUCGACUGGACAUUUGCGCACAUUAUCCAAAAUUGCACAAUCGGGCGAGACGGAGGAGUUCGCCUUAGACAGCCCUUCCGUGGUGGGCCUGCUGGGACGACGGCGCUUGAAGCGUACUGAUUCAGUGGCCGGCUCUGGCGGCGGGAAUAUUAAUCGAAGGAAAAAUGCAUCAUCAUGGGCGGCCGGAAACUGGAUGGACAAGCAGCGACAAUUCUUACAGGCCUAUGAAUAUUUAUGUCAUAUCGGAGAAGCCAAAGAGUGGAUUGAAGAAGUCAUUCACAAGCAAAUCCCGCCCAUUGUUCAACUGGAAGAAGCCCUCCGAGAUGGAGUAACGCUCGCAGAAGUGGUUCAAGCAAUGUACCCGAACCGCACGCUACGAAUUUUCAGACAUCCCAAGCUGCAGUAUCGUCAUUCCGAUAAUAUAGCACUAUUCUUCCGACUCUUAGACGAAGUCGAACUCCCGGAGCUUUUCAGAUUUGAGCUGAUUGAUCUCUACGAAAAGAAGAAUAUCCCCAAGGUCAUUCACUGUGUCCACGCACUAUCAUGGUUGUUGUUCAAAAAGGGCCUUGUUGACUUCCGGAUGGGCAACCUCGUUGGACAGUUGGAGUUCGAGCAUCAUGAGCUUGAACAGACGCAGAAGGGUCUCGAUAAGGCAGGAGUCAGCAUGCCUAGCUUUAGCGGCAUGGCCGCGAAUUUUGGGGCCGAGCCAGAACCUGAACCUGAGCCCGAGCCCGAAUCUGAGGAAGAUCGAAUUGAGCGGGAGUUGCAUGAAAAUGAAGCUUCGAUUGCCGACUUCCAAGCUCAGAUUAAAGGCGCUAUGCUGCGACUGAAGCUGGGAAAUCUAAUGAAUGGCCUGUGGGAUUUCGAGCCUCUACUUGUCGAUUUGCAGUCAAGGAUAAGAGGAGAUUGGACCCGCCAAAUCGUUCAAUAUCGCCUGGAUAUGCGUGCGUUUACCGUGAAUCUUCAAGCAAUCUGUCGAGGCUUUAUUGUACGAUCCCGCCAGGAAUAUGACAUGGAAAGUUACCGGGCCCAGGAGCACGGUAUACUACAGCUGCAGACACUGAUAAGAGGCUCCAAAGCGAGGGCCCAGGUGCAAUAUCUUCAAGGCCAAAUGCGAAAGGAAGAAUCGGGGAUUAAAGAGAUACAAGCUGCCAUAAGAGGAGCCUUGCAACGCAAGGCUGUUAGCGCUCUCUACUACGACACCAGAGAUGCAGAGGAUCAUGUUCGGCUAUUACAGGCUGCCAUCCGCGGCGCCUUGCAACGCAAGUCUAUUAGUGCUCUUUAUUACGAUAUCAGAGGCGCAGAGGACCAAGUUCGGUUAUUGCAGAGCACCAUCCGGGGUGACCUACUGCGCAGCAAGCUUUCAAAGCAAUGCGAAGAGACAAAAUCUGCUGAAGAUGCCAUUAGAGACCUCCAGUCUCUCAUUCGAGGCUCUUUCUUACGACAGCAGAUGAAUGCACAAUAUGCUGCUAUGGACAGCGUUCAAGAAAAUGUGGCAUUGCUGCAGGCAGCGAUUCGAGGCUCGCUGGCUCGGAAGUCUUUAUCUCAAGUGAGAGACUCGCUUGCUCAAGAGGCCCCUUCAAUUAUAGCUGUUCAAUCAGGGGCAAGAGCCUUGGCAGUGAGAAAGCAGCAGUCACGGCUUGCAGAAGCCCUCGGAAAAGCAGAAGAUCGAUUUAUCGCGUUGCAAGCCAUGGCUCGUGGCAACGCCGUAAGGGAACAGCUUGAUUCUCUGCGUGAGGAGUUGAGGGAGCAUGUACCAUUGCUUAUCAGUCUCCAAAGCAUAUUCCGAGGGAGAGCUACUCGGUCCUUCUUGGACUCCCAACGGAAGGAACUGAGUGAUGAGGAAGCGUCAAUCCUUGAAUUGCAGUCGAGGGCCAGGGGUUCUCUUGUGAGAAGACGCCUGGAAGCUGAUGCUGAAGCACUGCAGGCAGAGGAACCUACGAUUAUCAACCUGCAGGCCCUCGCCCGAGCUGCAGUUCUGCGAAUUGAGGUUGGUGGUAUACUUGAGCAACUCGAUGACUGCGAGGAUGAAGUCAGCCAGCUACAGGCACACAUAAGAGCGAUGCUUGUUCGAGUAGAGGUCGGACAAUCAUUGGCCGAUCUCGCUGCCGAAGAAGAUGUCAUUACAGAUCUCCAGUCACACAUACGGGGACACAUGAUACGAUCAAAAUUCGAGGAGAAGCGUCGAUACUACCGAGAGAACAUGGAAAAGGUCAUCAAGGCCCAAAGCUUUGUGCGAGGUAGGAUUCAAGGUCAGGCAUACAAGAGUCUCACAACUGGGAAAAACCCACCCGUUGGAACAGUCAAAGGCUUUGUACAUCUGCUAAACGAUAGCGAAUUCGAUUUCGACGAAGAGAUUGAAUUCGAGCGGAUGAGGAAGCUGGUAGUUCAGCAAGUUCGUCAGAAUGAACUGGCAGAACAAUAUAUCAGCCAGCUUGACAUCAAGAUUGCUCUCUUAGUAAAAAACAAAAUUACAUUAGAUGAGGUCAUCAAGCACCAGAAGCACUUUGGCGGUCAUGUUGGAAGUCUGUUACCGAACAGAGAAAUCGCGUCAAAGGACCCCUUCGAUCUGAAAGCCUUGAACAAAACAUCGAGAAGGAAACUAGAGCAGUAUCAAGUCUUUUUCUUCCUUCUGCAGACGCAGUCUCAGUACCUUGCCAAACUUUUCCGAAGGCUGCGUGAGCUCAAUACAUCAGAAAAGGAAUAUGAGAGGAUUCGACACUUGAUGAUGGGUCUCUUUGGGUAUUCUCAAAAGAGGCGCGAGGAGUACUACUUGAUCAAGCUGCUGGCUCGCUCUGCACGUGAAGAAAUUGAAAGUUUUGACUCCAUCCACGAUUAUUUACGCUGCAACUCUUUCUGGACUAAGCUCUUCGCCUCGUACAUGAAGUCUCCACGUGACAGAAAGUUCAUGCGCGAUGUAUUAGGUACUGUUGUGAAAGAGAACAUUAUUGACAACCGCGACUUGGACUUGGAAAGUGAUCCUAUACAGAUCUAUCGCUCGGCCAUCAACAACGAAGAGCUCCGCACUGGUAAACAAAGUCGUCGGCGCUUGGACAUCCCGCGUGAAGAAGCAAUCAGGGAUCCUGAGACAAGGGCAACCUUUAUCCAACAUUUACAAGAUCUCCGCGACAUUGCCGAUCAAUUCUUCACAGCGUUUGAGGAACUUCUAUACCGUAUGCCUUUUGGAAUUCGGUAUAUCGCGAAGGAGAUGUACGAAAGCCUCCAGUCCCGGUUUGCUGGAGAUGACCUAGGCUUCAUCCUUCAGACAACCGGUCAUUGGGUGUGGAAGAAUUACUUCCAGCCGGCGCUUAUGGAGCCCGAAAAGUACGGAGUUGUUGAUCGUGGCCUGACGCAGGAGCAAAAGCGAAACCUCUCUGAAAUCGCGAAGGUGAUUGCGCAGGUGGCAUCAGGGAGACUUUUCGGCGCCGAGAAUGUUUAUCUUCAGCCUUUGAAUAGCUACAUUGGUGAUUCGAUCCAACGUCUUGGCCACAUUUGGGGCGGCAUGAUCUCAGUACAAGACGCCGAAGCUUAUUUUGAUAUUGAUGAAUUCAAUGAUCUCUACGCUAAAACGAAGCCGACAUUAUACAUCAAGUUAUCCGAUAUCUUCUCUAUUCAUCAACUUGUGGCAUCGGAAGUACACUAUAUUUGCCCGAACCCCGAUGACAUUCUAAAGGAGGUCAUCCGCGAUCUCGGAAACGUUAAAUCCAAUGAAAAUGAAUUGAUGAGUGUCAACACCUCAGAGAUCAGCCUCACUCUGAACCCCAAGCUUGCACAGGUUGAAGGUAGGAAACCGCCUCCGCCAAUUGUCCCAAGGCUAGCUAGUACUAAUGAGAUGAAUGUAGAUCCGGAGGCUGAUGUGAAAGCGUUAUUUAUGGAAACAAAACGAUGCAUCCUCUAUAUCAUACGGGUUCAGUCAGGCGCUAACUUGAUGGAAAUUAUGGUCAAGCCCCCGACUGAGGAAGACGAAGGAAAGUGGAUGACAUUGGUCCGGGAAGAACUGGGUGCGAACAACACGAGAAGAAGCGCUUACUCUGAGGCACAUACGAUGGUGGAUAUUGCGUCCAUGAAUUAUUCGGAGUUGAAGCGGACUGCGCUCGAAAACAUCCUUCAGCUUGAACAAACUGGGAAGAUCCGUCGAGACAACCACUAUCAGGAUUUGUUAAAUGCCAUCGCCAUCGAUAUUCGAACCAAGCAUCGCCGCAGAAUUCAGCGAGAGAGAGAACUGGAAAGUGCUCGUUCAACACUGGCCCGCCUCAAUGAUCAAGCCGCCUGGUUAGAGCAGCAGUUCAAGACAUAUAAUGACUACAUUGAGCAGGCAAUGGUGACAUUGCAGAACAAAAAGGGGAAGAAACGAUUCCUCUUGCCAUUUACGAAGCAGUGGGAUCACCAACGCGAGCUCCAGAAAUCAGGAAAGGUGUUCAAGUUUGGUUCCUACAAGUACUCGGCUCGUAACUUGGCCGACAAGGGUGUUUUAGUUCACUGGAAGGGCUAUACAGAACGUCAGUGGGACCGAGUCGACCUGACAAUUUCCAGCAACGAAGUUGGGGUGUUCACUCUUGAUGGCAGUAGCGGCCCAAUGAUGGUCCCUGGAGCGAAUGCGCAGGUGCCACUGGAUGACUUGCUGCAAGCCCAGUUCAACAAUAUGCAGUUCCUCGACUUCUUUGACGGGCAGCUACGAGUCAAUGUCAACCUUUUCCUGCAUUUGAUCAUGAGGAAGUUUUAUAACGAAUGAUCCCCAUGUAGGGUGGUGCAUUCCUUUUUGGUUUCUAUUCCAUUGUCCACUUUCUUUUUCCUUUUUCCUACUCUUCUGGUUUUACCUAUGAUAUCCCCUUUCCUAUUGAUGAAAUGUCACGCAUGAAAAGGAAACGGCACAUUCGGCAUGACGUAUAUAGAAAGCACAACAUGCAGGAUCCAAGCCAAUUCUCACUGUGUUAUGUUCCUUCGAUGAUAACCCGUUGUUUUGUUGUCGUUAUGCACUGACUUUCUUGAGAUGAUUACCCUCUACAUUUCUACACGUUACCCCUGUUAUGAUGAUUAUGCAGACGAUUUUAUGUAUGUA